AUCAGCAAGAGACUGACAGCAGUCAAGGGACUUGAUAGGUUUUGUGCGAGUACCGUUAGCGGCACCACCAGGAGACUGGCAGAACAUCUAUUCGUCAUCUUAGCUUUACACCCAAAAAUUAAAUUCCGCAAUUCCCAUUCAGUUGGUGCUCUGAAUGAAAUCAAUGUUCUUUAUUGUGAUAUCACUGCACUCUUGGAUAAGAGCUUUCUUAACGACAAAGAAACACAUCCUGAAAGACGCAUACACCGCGCCCAUCUUGUCAUAAAGCAUUGUUCUUUGGCGCUGAAAGGUUUGUAG